AUGGCUUGGUUGUCUGGUCUUGCUGAUAAGGCAGAGAAUUUACUAAAUAAAAUCGACAAGAAUACCGCGGCUGUCUUAAAUAAAGAUAAAUAUGAGAUGCCACAUAAUCACUUGUCAACAGAAGUAACAUGGCUUUCUCCGGAAUUGGGACAAAAUGGAAGCACAUCCAAAAGACCUUUAUUGGAAUCGUCAGAUCAUAUCCCUUAUAUUACUCCUACUUCAAAGUUAACAUCAGUGAAUGUAUUAAAUGUAACGGCAUCUAAGGAGGAUGCGCUAUUUACAUAUUUUAAUACUCCAGAUCCAAGUCCAAAAAGGAUAGCAGAGUCCAUUAAUUUGCCAACAACUACUUCAUUAUUAGUAGACAAUCCUACUAAUGAUACAGAUUCAGAAUUAUCAACUCAUAGCGAUCAAAUUAUCCCAACUCAUACUUUAUUAGAAAUGGUUCCAAAUGCUUUAGAUAAUAAAGAUGUUGAAAUAGAUACACAGAAUGCAAAUUUAUAUCUAUCUAAUGAAACACAGAUCUUAAAUAGUGAAUAUUUAACUAAACCAACAACAGAUGCUAUACAAAACGAACACAAAACAGAAGAACAUUUGAAUAUUUCCUAUCCUCAAUUCAAAUAUAAAAUAGAAUCGAAUACUCAAAAAACGGAUAUGUUAGAUAAUUCCACUAAUUCAGUAGAAAAUAAAUCUAUGCAAAAAUAUAUAAGGGAAAUGGAAAGAAAUUUGGAGAAACAAAGUGAGUUACUUGAAAAACAAGAAACAGAUCAUCAGAAAGAAAUUGUAAUUUUAAAUGAAAAGUUAAAAGCUUUGGAAGUAGAAAAAUUACAACAGUCAAAGCAAAUAAUGGAUUUGCAAUUUGUUAUUGAUAGAAAUAGACAAGAAUUAAAUUUAGUUAGAUCUGAACUGGAACAGCAUAAGGCUAGAGCUUUAAAAACUUUACAAGAAAAGGAAAAGUUGAUAGCCGAAUUAAAGAACAAUGCACCGACAGCUAUGGAUGAAGUCACCAUUAUGGAAUUAAAUCAAUUAAAGCAGGAACGUGACAGUGUUAGAGAAGAAAAUCAGCAAAUGUGUCAACAAUUAAAAACGUUACACGAAGAACUGAUUAAUGCAGAUCUAAAUUUAGAAAAAAUAAGACAAAAGUCAAUGGAGACAAACCUAGAAAAUCAAGAAAUUCUAGCUAGUGAAAGACAUCGAAGGUUAGAAGCAGAAGACGAUGCGAGAUUGCAUUCUGAAGAAAUAAGAUCCUUAAAAGAUGAAUUGAUUAAUCAACAUAAUGAAUUUAGUUUACAAUUACAAAAACAGAAUUCAGAGAUUUCUAGGCUUAAAUUACAGCUGUCUACAUCAGCAAUGCCAAAUAGUGAAAUGGAUACGAGAAUAGCAUCUCUUACAGAAACUUUGGUCAGAAAACAACAAGCAUUGGAAUGUUUAACUACAGAAAGAAAUGCAUUACGUUUCCAACUUGAAAAAAUCGAACAUGAAUAUAGGAAUGCUGCAGGCAAUUUACGAAGAAACAUAAUGUAUAAUAAUAUAAACGAUACAGACGAUGCAAAAGCUCAAGUUCCCACACUUUUUAUGGAAACACCAUUUGAUACCAGUGUUACCAGAAGAGUAAAGAGAGCUUAUUCUUCUUUGGAUGCUAUAAGCAUUCGAACAGGAGUUUUUUUAAGGAGAUAUCCACUAGCUCGAAUUUUAGUAUUGAUUUAUAUGGGAUUACUCCAAUUGUGGGUUUUGGUAGUACUCUUAUCUCAAUCACCAGAAGCGCAUUAACAGCAAUUAGAAACUAGCAUCACAUUUCAAAGAAAAAAAUAUAAAAAAUUCAGUUUAUGGAUAUUAGAGAGUAAGUUUUGCACGACACAGAUCAAAUCUCUUGUAUACAGUGUUUAGCAUAUAAUAUAUCUUUAUAAAAUUAUUUUAUUAAUCUUUAAAACUGAAUAAAAUUUGAAAUAAAACAGUGAUAAAUCAGUGAUAACCAUAAAGUUAUGAUUAAAUUAUCUUUCUUCAAUUCUUUAAUAGUUUUUCACCUUUGCUUAUUAUCGUGCGAUUUGGCUUUGAAUCUCUUUUAUUGUAUGUUUAUAUUAUAAUACAUUAUUAAGAGACCUAUUUAUUUAUUGUUAAAUUGUCUUAAUUUUUUUACUACAUGUUAAAAGAACAACAUUAAAAUAAAAAUAGAUCA